ACUCUCCCCUCCCACCUCUUGCUGUCUUCUCUCCUUCUCUUUUCUGUCUUCUCUCUUCCCUCUCUCUCUCUCUUCUCCCUUUCUCUCUUUCUCUCUUCUCUCUCCCUCUCCCUCUCCCUCUCCGUCUCGUCCGAUACCCUCUCGCCAUACGUCCGUAUCCCCCUAGUCUCCACUUCCCUCCUCCCCCCUCCAUGGCCUCUCGCCCUCUGUAACGUCCCCCCCUUUGUACAUACACACAUUCCCUUCCAUACCCUCCGACCUGUUUAUUCCUUCUCACACACCCGCCUCGGUUCGUUAAUACGAUUAAAGUUCCGCACCAAGUGCCUGUCUGUGCCUGCACCUGUCUCUCCCCCCCCACAAACAACACACGCCAAACCCUUGCCUCCACACCCCACAUAUCCGACCCAGUCCUCGCCCAGAGUCAACCACAAAGCAAUGGUCAGGAUCGCACGGUCGCUCAUCGGCGGUCUCCUGGCACUGUCCAUGCUCCUCCCAGCAUCAGUCGCCGCUCAAAAAGCCACCACCACCAUCACUAAGGCUGUUGCUCCCACAACCACCGCCCCCGUAGUGGCCGCCACCUCCCACGCAGCACCCACAACCAACUUCGUCCUCCCUACGACUACCCCAACAGCCCCCGGCACAACUUCCCCAAACGGCGCCAGCAACCAAACCUCGGCCAGCUGCCCUGGCCCACUGAUCCCCAACACAAAGGGACUUAAGAUCUCGACCUGCAUGGGCCCCUGCUGUAUCAAAUGCCCUGCAAUCGAGAGCUUUUACAAGCCCAACCAGGUCGAGAAUGUGCUCAAGGCCGCCUACAUCACCAGGCAGGUCUCCAUGGGAUUUGCCGUCUUCAUAGCCAUCUCAUACCUGGUCCUGCCAGGCAAGCGGUCCCAGCCGCACAUCUCGGUCCUGUUCCUGACGGUCUCACUCUCGCUCUGGUACGCGGCCUUUGAUGUGAUGCCGGGCGUGUCAAAUGCCUGCGUCGAUGACUUUGAGCAAUCGACCGGCCAUAACUCGAGGCUGUGCGGUGUCCAGGGCGUGCUGAUCAUCUACCUGACCCAGACCAGUGCAUUGUGGUGCUCGCUCCUGAUUUACAAGCUGCACAUGCUGGCGGUCUGGCGUUCCAACUGGAUCGACGCCUACUAUGGAUGGUUCACCGGUCUCUGCUGGAUCCUCCCUCUGGCAUUCGCGAUCCCAGUCGCUGUCAAGAACCUGGCCGAGUAUCCCGGAAUCGGAUUCAGCUGUCUGGUCAACACCUCCAACUUGAACACCUAUCUGUUUUACCCCACGGCCGUAUACAUAUAUCCAGCCAUGCUCUGUCACAUCGUCACUGUCGCAAAGAUGAUUCAUUUGGCGGUCAUGUCCUCCAAGAUCGACACUGGUCUUUCGCAGCUGUCAUCAGACGCCAGAAUGAGGAUUACGACGACCAUGCAGGCCAAGCGCCUCCUUCGUGGCCAGUGGCGUCCAGCUCUGAUGAUGGGUACAGUCAUGACCUCGCUCACGGUCUUUUGGCUGUUUUACUUUGUGGAUGCUCAUCGUAUCGCUAGCCUCGGUCCCAGUACUCCCUGGCUCCAAGAAUGGGUUGCUUGCGUCAUGGCAAACGGUGCCCAAGGAAAGUCUUCGGUUGAGACCCAGACCAUCUGCGCCAAGGGAGCUGUCCAUAAUCUUCCCUCGAUCCCUUGGUUUACAGCUGCAGAAAUGUUGGUGGCGGUCCUCGGUGUUAUUGUCGCCGCAGUAUUCAUCUCCAAGUCCGAGUUUUGGGAAGAGUGGGCCUAUCUCCUGAGCAACCUGCUCCGCCGCGGCAAGACUGGCCGCGGUUCCUCAAGAGGCAGAAGCUCGCCCGAUGGCGGUUCGAGUGCCCCCACCAGAACGUUUAACAAUCAGCACCUGGAUGACAGGAAGGUAGCACCUCUUCGUCCGGAUAUGAAGGGUAGUGCUCCGGGCGUAUACAGGAGCAACAGCAAGGCCAGCUUGAACGGCUCGCCUGCAUCGCAGUGGUACGAUAUGGAUGACCUGAUUGACAAGGAAUACGACGACCAGGGCAACCGCAGACUGCAGAGGAGCAUGAGCUAUGGAUCUCGCGCAGGAAUCGCGGUCCAUUCCGGUCCCAAUCCAGUCUCUGAUCCGCCGCACUACAACAACACCGACACUAUCAGCGGCGACCUGCUCUACAGACCCCCCAUCCAAGAGGCCACACCUACGCACUGGUCCCCAAGUGCACACACCCUUGCGAGUCCCACCAGGGCCUAUAUGAACCAGAGCGACCAUGAGCGCUAUGUUGAGGAGCCUGUAGUCCCCAGCCCUGUGCCUAGGACACCCAAGGUAGCCAAUAGCGAGCCCGUGUUCCUCUCCAGCCCCGUCGGUGUUGCCUCCUCGCCCACUUCGGCUACGGGCUACCACAGCAACUCACUUUCACCCAUGCCGCCGAGGUCGCCCACAUAUCCGCAACGAUCCCAGCCUCUCGAGUCAGUUCCGAUCAUUGGAGUCGCGACGCGUGGCUCACCAGCACUGGCAUACCAACAACCACAGGUGCAGGCGCAAUAUCCUCAUCAAAAGAUGUACUCGACCUCCCCCUCACAGAAGCAAAAAGAAGCACUCUACAGCUCAAACGAGAGCGAGCAGAUUAUGAUGGCCUCGCGUGGAAGUGUGACUAUGGGCAAGAACAUGGGCCCCUCGACCAAGAACAACGGAUCCCCUCAACCACACCCCAUGCGGAUCAACACGACUCUUGCUCAAUCAUCACAAAUAGAUGAACGGUCCAAGAGUCCGCCACCGUCGGUGCCCGUCAAGAGUCCCCAUCGACAUCUUCAACAAGGGUACACAUCACCACCGAUUCGCACACCUGCUUCGCCAUCGAGCAAUCAUUAUCGCGAGUAAACAUGGAGCUGAAGAGGUGGAAAACGUGGUAUAAAGAAGAGCAUCGGGG